AUGAAGAGAACUAGAAAUGAUGCAGUUAAAGCUGCUGUUACUUCCUACUUAGAGCGACGAAAUUAUCCCGAUAUUGAAAUAUUUAGUAACAAUAAUUCCACUAGUCGCAGUGCUGAAGAAAUGGCUGUAGCUACUAUUGUCCAAUGUGAAGCAAGUCGUGCAAAUUCCAUUCUUUUUUCAUGCAUCAACAACGACCCUGGGCAAUAUGAUGUUCAAUACACGAGAUUGUUUAAUUUCAUAAAAGAAAUUAAAUUGGAAAGGGUAAAAAAUGAGCUACUUGGGUUAUUAACGCCAUUAUUAUGCCAUCUUUACUUGGAAAUGCUUCGCGGUGGACAUGGCGGUGCAGCACAAAUGUUUCUCAAAAGGCAUUCAGCCACUUUACCACAAAAAGAUUUAUCUUAUCAUCAACCGAUUGAUGGUAAUUUACCAUCAGCAUUAUACAGACCUAACAGCUUAGAACAACUUUUUAAUUCCCUACAAAAUGGAACAAUAGAUAAUGAAACUCCAGAAAAAGAUUAUAUGAAUCAGUUAUUGGAUGAUAUUGGCACAAUAUACACUCUGCAAGAAAUAGAAUCAAGGCCGUCAAUUGCUGCCUUCAGGUCUUGUAAAUAUGAUAUUUACUUAUCACAAGACUCCUUAAAUACAUUAAAAGCUUAUUUAGCCAAACAUGGACAUGUAUUAUUAAUUCAAGUUCUACAAACAUGGUUUCACAUUGAUAUUAAUAAUGACUCAAAUAAAAAAAAUGCUGAGGAUGAUGAAGAGCAAAAUGAAGAUGUAAAUGCACCAGUAACAAACAGUGAUGAAAAGGCAUCAGACAAAAAUGACAUAUUUUCAAAAUGCAAUGGCCAUGCUGAAUAUCUAAAUGUUGAUAAGGAAUUAAGAGAACUCCAAGAAGCAAUUAAAGGAGUUCGUGAAUCUAUGGCACCACUUAAAUUAUAUAAAAUAGUUGCUCCUGAUACACACCUCGUAUGUGCUAAAACAGACAUUAACUGUAAUGUGCUAUGUGGAGGAUUUAGUAAUUCAGAAAUAAGACUUUGGGACCUCGGACAGAAUAACGUAAAACGAAAAAUCAACCGUAAUAUCUCCGAAAUAGAAAUAGCAUGCUAUGUACCACCUGAACCGGAAACACCUGCAGAUACUUACUUUCAAAUAGGUACUGGGCUGCCGCUACGAGGUCACUCAGGUCCUGUGCAAGCAGUCAGCAUUUUAUCACGAGAACAACUUGUAUUGUCUGCCUCUCAUGAUAAUACUAUGAGAGCUUGGAGGCUAUCGGAUUAUUCAUGUGCCUCCGUAUACAGAGGUCAUAAUUACCCAAUUUGGUGUAUGGAUGUUUCCAAAAACGGUCUAUUUAUUGUGACUGGUUCGCAUGAUAAAACCGCCAAAUUAUGGUCCCUUGAUAGAACAUUCCCAAUUCGAGUCUUUGUGGGGCACAUGUCUGAUGUCACGUGCGUGAAGUUCCACCCGAACGAGGCGUACAUAGCGACGGGCGGCGCGGACCGCAGCGUGCGGCUGUGGGGCGUGUGCGACGCGCGGCUCGUGCGCGUGCUGUGCGGCCAUCGCGCUGCCGUCAGAGCGCUCGCCUUCGCGCCCUCCGGCUCAUACCUCGCCAGUGCCGGUGAUGACAAGAAGAUUAAAGUUUGGGACCUAGCUGCUUGUACAUGCAUACAUGAACACCGUGGACAUCAUGGUAAAAUAACAGCAUUGGACUGGUCUGCAGUGGGGAAGGCGAGCCUCACAAAUAGAGUUGUGUUAGACCCUAAUGACAUGUCAGUGGAUAAUUCACUGUUAUGCUCAGCUGGUAUGGAUGGUGUUGUGAAGAUUGCAUGGGACAGCCAUUCAAAAAAUAAGCAAGUCACCAGUCAAGACAUGAUUACAUCUACCUACAAUACAAAGUGUUCCUAUUUAGUUGAUAUACAAGUACAUCCAGACUGGCUAGUUGCCAUUGGAACAAAUAGAUAA